AUGCUCGAGGACUUGCCUGUGCGAGUAGGAAACGUGGAGAUACCCACUGACUUUGUUAUCCUUGAGAUGGACGAAGAACCCAAGGAUCCGCUGAUCUUGGGAAGGCCCUUUUUGGCAACCGCUGGAGCUAUCAUCGAUGUUCAGAGAGGGAAGAUUGAGCUAAACUUUGGAGAUGACUUCAAGCUCAGCUUCGACAUCAAGAGAUCGAUGAAGAAACCAACCAUUGAUGGACAGCUCUUCUGGGUAGAGACUUUGGAUCAGUUGGCAGACGAGUAUCUAGAGGAGUUAGCCACAGAGGACCAGCUUCAGCUAACCUUGACUGAGAAAGCGGAGGAAAAGAGCUACUUCAACACCGAAUCCUUGGAGUAUGCUCGACUCUUAGACUCCCACAGAGGGACUGUUCCCAAUGACGUGGUUGAGGAAAUCAUAGGACGCUCCGUGAGAGUUGAGGAAAUCCACAAGGUAGAGGCAGAGCACGACCUCGAGCAACCUUCAGACGAUGACUGGAGCGAGCUCAAAGCCCCAAAGGUGGACCUCAAGACCUUACCAGAUGGGCUAAGGUACGCAUUUCUUGGACCAAAUUCAACUUAUCCCGUAAUUGUGAACCAAGAACUUACCCCACCCCAAUUAACCUCCCUCCUUAAUGAGUUGAGGAAGUUCAGGAGAGCAAUUGGUUACUCUUUAGAGGACAUCAAAGGCAUAUCUCCUGAGCUUUGUACUCAUCGCAUUCACCUUGAUAACGAAUCUAAGGGAUCUAUUGAACACCAAAGACGCUUAAAUCCCAACCUCAAAGAGGUGGUGAAAAAGGAAAUCCUUAAGUUGCUUGACGCCGGCGUGAUCUACCCUAUCUCGGAUAGUACUUGGGUCUCGCCGGUACACUGUGUGCCCAAGAAAGGUGGAAUCACAGUAGUCAAGAACGAAAAAGACGAAAUGAUCCCAACCAGAACCAUAACCGGUCACCGAAUGUGCAUAGAUUACCGAAAGCUCAAUGCGGCGACUAGGAAGGAUCAUUUUCCACUGCCUUUCAUCGAUCAGAUGCUUGAGCGGUUGGCAAACCAUCCUUUCUAUUGCUUCCUUGAUGGCUAUUCGGGAUUCUUUCAAAUCCCCAUCCACCCUAAUGACCAAGAGAAAACACCUUCACAUGUCCCUAUGGAACUUUUGCCUAUAAACGUAUGCCCUUUGGAUUGUGUAACGCUCCGGCGACUUUCCAAAGGUGCAUGA